AUGGAAUCCAUGAACCCUCUUCCUCCGGAAACCCUCCUUGUCACUUUAGAUGUCACCUCCUUGUAUACCAACAUACCUCAUGAUGACGGAAUACAAUCGUGUAGGGAAAUAUGGGACUCUCGCAACACUUUAGAACCACCAACCGAAUGUUUAGUCCAGCUGCUUACUCUGGUCCUUAAAUGCAACAAUUUUACCUUUAAUGGUGAUAAUUACCUUCUAAUAAACGGGACAGCGAUGGGGACGAAAAUGGCACCGUCUUACGCCAAUAUUUUCAUGGGCAAAUUAGAGAAACAUAUUAUUUCAUCAUCUUUAUCCAAACCUCUGUCUUGGUUCCGUUUCAUCGAUGAUGUUGACAUGAAAUGGAUCGAAUCCCAACAAAAAUUGGAUGCUUUUAUCAGACAUGCAAACAACGCCCACCAGUCAAUUAAAUUUACAUAUGAAAUAUCCGACUCUAAGAUAUCUUUCUUAGACACAACUACAUCUAUAAAGGACGGUGUCAUAUCAACAGACCUCUACUGUAAACCUACAGAUAAACAUCAGUAA